GAGAGAGAGAGAGAGAGAGAGAGGGAGGGAGAGAUAGAGGGGGAGGGGGGAAUAGGUGAUGGGGAAUUGCUUCGGUUUUCCGGUGAACUCUCCAAGUCCGACAACCGCCAGACCGUCCAGUCCAGGACCGUCAACAUCAAAGACCACUAGUAGCACCACCACCACCGGGAAGCUUUCAAGCAUGAGCAGUAAUACCUUUGGGCAGUCUACUGGCAGUAGUGUAAGUGUUUAUGAGGCUUUUCCAGAGGGUCGGAUCCUUGAGGCACCGAACCUUCGAACCUUUACUUUUGCUGAAUUGAAGAAUGCCACAAGGAAUUUCAAGCCCGAGACAGUUCUUGGGGAAGGUGGAUUUGGGAGAGUAUACAAGGGAUGGGUGGAUGAGAAGACUCUGAACCCAGCAAGGAGUGGGGCUGGGAUGGUGGUUGCUGUAAAGAAACUGAAUCCUGAGAGCAUGCAAGGUUUGGAAGAGUGGCAGUCUGAAGUGAAUUUUCUGGGGAGGUUAUCACAUCCCAACCUUGUUAAGCUCUUGGGCUAUUGCUGGGAGGAUACGGAGCUCCUUCUUGUGUAUGAAUUCAUGGCAAAGGGCAGCCUCGAGAAUCACCUCUUUCGAAGAGGAGCAGCUUUUGAGCCACUAUCUUGGAGCCUAAGGCUGAAGAUAGCCAUAGGCGCAGCUCGUGGCCUUGCAUUCCUUCAUACAUCAGAAAAGCAAGUCAUUUACCGGGAUUUCAAGGCUUCCAAUAUCCUCCUUGACUCGAACUACAAUGCCAAGCUUUCUGACUUUGGAUUGGCAAAGCAUGGCCCAACUGGUGGAGACUCACAUGUCACGACACGAGUCAUGGGCACCUAUGGAUAUGCAGCUCCAGAGUAUGUUGCCACUGGCCAUCUAUAUGUGAAGAGUGAUGUUUAUGGUUUUGGAGUCGUGUUACUGGAGAUGCUCUCGGGUCAGCGGGCGCUUGAUACUAAUCGUCCAAGUGGGCAACAUAAUUUGGUCGAUUGGGCUAGACCAUACUUGGCUGAUCGUAGAAAGCUGUCACGGUUGAUGGAUCCGCGGCUUGAGGGACAGUACCCCUCCAAAGGAGCUCUUCAGGCUGCUCAGCUUACCCUGCGGUGUCUUGCUGGUGAUCCUAAAAGCCGGCCAUCUAUGAAAGAAGUGGUGGAAACACUGGAGCAGAUUGAGGCCAUGAAAGGCAGGUCAAGGGGGCCUAAUGAUGCCUCCCAGAAGCCCACUGCUCGCGACCAUGGCCGAAUUCCAGCACAGCCCCGUUCCCCACUUCCGACGAGGCGUGAUGGUGGUGGAUCUGGCAUGCCGGUGAAGCACCACCCUCCUAGAGUACAAUAACAUGAUAAGACUUGAUCUUGUCAAUUGUUCACGUCGACCAACCCCCAUUUUUGUUUGUUGUAAUCUCAAUCAUUGUUGUUCUUCUCUUCUUUCUUUUUUUUUUUUUUUCUUUUUUUUUCUUUUUUUUCUCCGGGUCAACAGUUUGAGGAUGUUCUGGUGAUUUGUAUUGACAAAAAUGAAUUUAAUCCGAUUAAAUGGAAUGAAAAUUUUAUCUUUUUAUACUGUAA